GUGUUUAUGAAUAGAAAGAUUUGUAUGCUCAUUCUCAAUGCAUGACUCAACAGUUUUAACAACCAGUAAUUUUACUCAAAUAUAUCCUCGUUGAUUCCAGGGAGUUCUCUUCUUUAGACCAGAUUUGGACUGCAGUAGAAAUCCAGGGUAUGUUAUGUAAUACUGUGAGUUAACGUUAGGUACUGAUCACAAUGUCCUUGAUGAUUUUCUUAAGUAAUUUGAAAUGUAUAUAUGUGCAUUGUGUAAUUUUAAGAAGGCUUUAGUGGUGUAAUGCCACCCAAGUGAGUGUGUCUGGAUUCCACGUUAGGAAAACAUUCUAGUUGGAACCUGUCAUGUCUUGGAUUUUGCUUCAUGCGUCCUAAACCUCCAUCCUUUGACCUCCCAACACCUCUAUAUGCAGGCUUACCCUAAAAAUAAAAGUGUAGAUUACGUCUAGUAUACUUGUGUUAUGAUCUCCCAGAGGUUUCCUCAGAUAUUUGAGAUGGCACUCAAAGUGGAGAGACAUUUACCCUGGGGGAUCUCAUUGUUAUAUUGGAAUGUGGUGGUUGUGUGUGAUAAUGCGACAAGGAUGGCAGAGAAAGAGAGACAACAGGAGAAAAGAAAGUGCAGAACAGAAAGGCUCAUCCUGCAGCAUUAAACGGCUUCUCUCAGAGACUGUAGGUACCCUGCAUCUCAGGGACUUUUGCAGAAAUCCACUCAUGCCCUUGUGCCAGGAUUGUUUGCUUUUUGUUUCAUAGCUGUCUCUCCUGCAUUAUUGCCUCAUGGUACUGUUUCUAGAAGUGUGCUCAUUUCUGUUUAGCCUUAAUUUAUAUUUAUUUAAGUUUUGGUUUUAUUAACUCUUAAAUUCUCAUUUCAUUUGAUCUAAUAUUACUAUUUUAUUUUCAACAAAAUAUACCUGUCAGCUCUUAUUUUAAAUAGUUUUAGUUAACAACACUCUUAGUAAUAAAGGGACAUAUUUACCUUAUUCAUUCAUGAAGGUGCCUAUAAAUAUACCUAAAUUGUGCAUAUUUGUACCUUUUGAAAACAUACUGGCCCCAUUUUGGACCUUUUUUCAUUGGAUGAAUAACGCUGAUGUGCAGGUUUGAUCCUGAAUCCUUAUAUCAGAGGAUCAGGGACUUGACGGAAGGUGACUAGUUUGUGCUGUUUAAGUAAAUCGAAGCACAGCCUUCUUUCCCAGAAAGGAUUUGUCUCAUCCACUCUCUCUCUGCCUCUCUGUCCCUCCUUUUUCUAAGACACCUGAUUGGAUAAUUCAUUUUUAGUAUGUCCACCCCUCUGAAAUAAAUACCAGGCAGAGUUUUUAAUAUAAGGCUGUUUUCUGCGACUUUCCCAUUUAAAGUUUCAUGCAACAGCAAAUGGAUGUAUUCUGGGUUUCUUGGAUGGAUGCAUGAAGUAUAUUUUUCUUUGGAUCAUACGAUUAAGAUAAGUAGAUAAUUGGAAAACUCUUUAGACUAGCUUUAAUAUAUUGAUUAGAUUUUUACAUUUAUUUAUUCAAUUAUAAUAAUAAUAAUAAUUUGUUUUUGUUUUUAUUAGCUUGGUAUCAGACAUUUUUAUUUAUUUAUUUUUUUUAGUUUUGCUGUGGAUUAACCAUUAACAUGGAAGAUAUGUAUUUAACUGUAUAUUUAUCUAUUUGAACAGCUUAUUGCACAAUUUACAGAAGUUAUAAAAAAUGAUAAGGCGAGACAAUUCUGUGACGAUGUGAAAUACAGUAAAAGCUCUAUUCCCUUGUGUGGACUUACUGAGUCAGACUUCACUAGCUCCACCCCCCUUUCCUUCACUUGCUCUUCUGCUCCUCCUCAUUUCUGAGAGGCGUGAGUAUCUGCCAGAGCCUAAGAGAGCGAGUCAGACCAGAUACUCUCUGCAGAGUUUCAAGGGGACACAGCAGCCGUAGAAGCCCUCAGUAACCCAAACUCUAUCUCAACCGUACCAGUUUCAGGUUAACAGCACCGAAUCCAGCCAGCUAUGGAGACUCCAGGUCAGAAACGAAGCACCCGCGGAGGGAUGACCACCGUCCUGUCCCCCACCCGCAUCACUCGGCUGCAGGAGAAAGAGGAUCUGUGCAACCUGAACGACCGUCUGGCCACCUACAUCGACAAGGUGCGCUCUCUAGAGGCAGAGAAUGCAGGUCUACGUAUGCGCAUCACCGAGUCGGAGACGGAGAUCAGCCGUGAGCUGAGCGGUAUGAAAGCGGCAUACGAGGCCGAGCUGGCGGACGCCAGGAAGACGCUGGACUCGGUGGCCAAAGAACGAGCCCGACUGCAGCUGGAGCUCAGCAAGGUGCGCGAGGACUACAAGGAGCUGAAGGCCAGGAAUAGUAAGAAAGAGGCAGAUCUGGAAUCGGCACUGGCCAGACUGAAGGAUCUGGAAGCUCUGCUGAACUCAAAGGACGCGUCUCUCUCCACAGCACUGGGGGAGAAGAGAUCACUCGAGGUCGAAGUCAGAGAUCUGAAAGCCCAGCUGGCAAAGCUGGAGGGUGGUCUGAAUGAUGCUAAGAAGCAGCUACAGGAUGAAAUGCUACGACGUGUGGAUGCCGAGAACCGAAUCCAGACCCUGAAAGAGGAGCUGGAUUUCCAGAAAAACAUCUACAAUGAGGAGAUCCGUGAGUCUAAGCGCAGGCAUGAGUCACGUAUGGUGGAAAUCGACAGCGGCCGCCAGCAGGAGUAUGAGAGUAAACUGGCCGAGGCUUUGGCUGAACUCCGCAACCAACACGAAGAGCAGCUUCGCAUCUACAAGGAUGAAAUUGAAAAGACCUACAACUCCAAGCUGGAGAAUGCCCGUCAGUCGGCUGACAGGAACAGCCAUUUGGUGGGAGCCGCCCAUGAGGAGCUGCAGCAGACACGUCUGAGGCUGGAGGGUGUCACCUCUCAGCUCACUCAGCUGCAGAAACAGUUGUCUGCUCGCGAGGCGAAGAUCCGGGAGCUGGAAGAGGCUAUGUCCAGAGAGAGGGACAUGAUGCGCCGUCGCAUGGAGGACAAGGAGAAAGAGAUGGCAGAAAUGAGGCAUCGCAUGCAGCAACAGUUGGACGAGUACCAGGAGCUGCUGGACAUUAAGCUCGCGCUUGACAUGGAAAUCAGCGCCUACCGGAAGCUUCUGGAGGGCGAGGAAGAGAGGCUGCGUCUCUCCCCGAGUCCUCCCCCUGUCCGUGGGGUGACUGUGACCCGCUCCUCGGGUUCGGGCACUCAUACACGUGUGGUCCAGAGCAGCACCAGCCGUACCUCUUCAGGCAGCGCUAAAAAACGGCGCUUGAACGAUAACGACAGCGAUGCCUCCAGCGUGGUCGGUGGAACUGUUACUCGCACACGAGUCGCCCAGCAGGCCUCUGCCAGCGGCCGCGUGACCGUGGAUGAAGUGGAUAUGGAGGGCAAAUAUGUACGGCUCAGUAACAAAUCUGAUCAGGAUCAAACUAUGGGUCACUGGCAGGUGAAGAGGCAGAUUGGUUCCGGCACUGCCAUCGUCUACAAGUUCCCACCAAAAUUUACUCUGAAGGCAGGACAGGCUGUCACUAUCUGGGCCGCUGGAGCUGGAGGAGUCCACAACCCUCCUUCUGACCUUGUGUGGAAGACCCAGAACUCUUGGGGCAGUGGAGAUCUGUUCCAGACCACCCUCAUAAGCGCCAGUGGGGAGGAAAUGGCCAUGAGGAAGGUCACACGCACUCUAUUCCAGGAUGAGGAUGAUGAUGAUAUGGCUGCUCAUAGCACAUGUGGGGACAGUGAGUACAACCUCCGCAGCCGGACGGUGGUCUGUGGCUCAUGCGGACAGCCGUCAGAUAAAAACAGCAGCUGUGUAUCAGCCAGCUCUGGAGUGUCGAGUGCGUCUCGCUCGUUUAGCAGCGGAGGGGGGCUGCCUGAAACAUUUGUCUCUCCCUCACACUUCAUUGUGAGCAAUGACAAGCAUAGACAGGCUGGACCCAAACUAGACAACUGCUCCAUUAUGUAGGCAAGCUGUAGUCAGCCCUGACCAUCUGUCCUUUUACACAAACCAGGAGGAUUUCAUCCAACAAUUAGUUUCUUUUUGGAUUAUGUGUCUUAUAAUUACAUUAUAUAUUUUGUACUUCAGUUUUUGUUAUGCAUUUCAUAAUCUACGGGGUAGAUUUUUGGCUUUUGUAUGGCAUUAGGCUUCAUACGGCUGGCAGCUUGUAGGCUGUAGUUAGUGAUUAUUAUGUACAGUGUUACUCUAAUAUAUUUGCAUGGUGGCCUGGCAGCAGCUUCAAAAUAAUCGUACUGUACUCAGGGAGAGAGGCGAACAGAGCACUUCACACUCACACCAUGAGCUCUCAACGGGAAUGCUGUCGGAACGCAACACGCACAGUUACUGUAAUACACCUUCUCAUGACUAAACUCUCAUUAUAGCCCAGUCUAGUUAUCUAGCUCAUACACGAGGACAAACAAUGAGCAUCGGUUGAUGUAAGACCGGAAAUGAGGGGUCAUUCGUUAUUGUCCAAAAUUGUGUCAUAAAGUAAUUUGUCAUGUUUUUUCAUGCUACCUCUUGCAGUAACGUAAUUGAAACGAUGUGCAUCUACAAAAGGGAAAGGGAAGUGAGUAAUUCUAUGCAGUUCUGUUAAAAUAAAACUCCAGGAUAGAAAUGCAGAUGUUCUGGAUGUAAAACUGCUUUGUGUCUUGAUACAACCGCACAGCUGAAUAGGUACUUUGUGUCUUUUGGCAGUGCGUGUACAAGCUCUGACUAGACCGCAGUGUGUCGCGUCUUGCAUAAUAAGUGUUUUGUUUCCGAAAGACUUGAAGCAACUAUAAAACUAAUCCAAAGAAAAGCUCCUUAGCAGUUUGCAACUGCCAAUACGUUGUCGACGUGUUAAACAAAAGCUUACUGAUCGUUUGAGAAGGAAAAUUUUGAAGUUUACUUGCAGAGAAAGACAUAUCUGAUGUAUUGUGUUACCUGGGAAUCAUGUUGUGUUUAAAGUACUGAGUACUGAAUUAUUGAGAGAUGUAUUUUUGUUUCAAAGCGUAGAGGCAGAAUAUUUAAAUAUGCAAAAUGACCACCGUCAUUCCCAGCUUGAAUGCUCUUAUUUUUAUUGUAUUUUUAUGACGCUUGAAAUGUUUGAGUUCUGUUAAAAACUCAAGUUGGCAUGUACACUAAAACGUUUGUAUUUCUCUAUGGGACUGAGUGUUGAUUUGCUCUCGUCACUCCUCUCUUGCAGUAGAUGAUCCAGUUCCUCUGUCCUUCCUUUCACUGCACACGUGUCCAGUCCGUCUAAUUCAAGACUUAAAACAAAAAAAUUUGUUUUAGAUAGUGGGAACAACUUGCAUCCUAGGAAAUUAAGAACAUAACCGAGCCUCCCACAGCUCUCCAGACGGAGGACUGGAUAUUGCUGACAUUAUCGCUUUGCAAAGCUUUGGGUUUCUAAAGGAGAAUCUGGGGAUAGUGUAUCUAUUUUUUCUAUAUAUACUUAAGAAUUGUGGUUUUGUAUUACCACUUAAAUAGCCGUUGACAUUAUUGUAAUAAGCCAUGUAUUUUCAUUUUUGAAACUGAUAAUGGAUUUCAGUUGUUUACUUGUUAGCAUCUUUGGCAGUGUUGCCUUAUGCAAAGAAAUGCUUACAGAUAACCAAAUCUAAAGUGAUAAAAAAUAUAUUUUCCCUUUAUUUUGACAUGUUUUUAGUUAAAUGGCUAUUUUCAUGAAGGCUUUCAAACUGCAGGGCAAUGCAGGGAUAUUUUUUUGUGUUUUUAAUUAUAAUUUACUGUUUUGUGAGAAAUUUCGUAAUUGUUGUGAAAUCUUGUUACAAACUGUGCCUUGAUUUUUUUUUUUUUUUUUUUUUUUUUUUUUUUUUCAGUUAUAACGAAUAAAGCCUUUCUGAAUUUUCA